CCAGGGAUGCAGCUGGACAUCCCACAGGCCCCGCGACAAAGAAUCAUGUGACUCAAAACGGCCUAGUGCUGUGCGCGGGUUGAGAAAUCCUCCCGAAGCACCUGGUCCAUCCAGUAACAGGCAUGCCUCGUUUUAUUUCGCCCCCGCAGAGGUGUGUUUUUUUUUUACAAAUUGAAGCCAAGACCCUCCACCAGCAAAAAGAUCACAGCUGGCUUCAGUGCAGUGCACUGGGACCCAGCCUGCAGUACUUCGAGGCUUUAGGCCGAGAGCCCAGGGAGCUGCCCCGCUGGCCUGGAGCGGCUGUCUGUCUCUCCACCUCCACACGCAUGCGCCCACCUGUCCACGCAGCUGAGGCCUGACCCCGAACAUCCCUGCAGAGCGAGGAGGGGCUAGAACAUGCUCUGGAGGCCUUGGCGACAGACCCAGCGCGCCGUGAGCUGAGCCCACACUCUGAAGCCACCCCGCCCGCCUGCCCACCAUGGCCUCCGCAGACAAGAAUGGCGAGAGCGUCUCCUCUGUGUCCGGCAGCCGCCUGCAGAGCCGGAAGCCGCCCAACCUGUCCAUCACCAUCCCGCCGCCCGAGACCGCGGCCCCUGAUGAGCACGCCAGCAUGCUGCCCCAGAGGCCCAGGAACCCCACCUUCCUGAAGAGCGUCAGCCUGCAGGAGCCCCGGGGACGAUGGCACGAGGGCUCCGAGAAGCGCCCCGGCUUCCGCCGCCAGGCCUCCCUGUCUCAGAGCAUCCGCAACUGCAUGCACACGUGUGCCAUCAACUCUCACAUCGCUUCCCCUGUGCACACGUGGGCACGGUCAGCUCCCGUUACCCCUCCACACGCGCGUGCCCUGUGCUACCCACCGCUGACCCCCGGGGUCCUGUCGCUCACCUCCUUCACCAGCGUCCGCUCUGGCCACCUGCCCCGCCGGAAGAGGAUGUCUGUGGCCCACAUGAGUUUUCAAGCUGCCUCUGCCCUCCUCAAGGGGCGCUCGGUGCUGGAUGCCGCUGGGCCGCGGUGCCGGGUGGUCAAGCGCAGCUUCGCCUACCCCAGCUUCCUGGAGGAGGAUGCAGUCGAUGGGGCAGACACAUUUGACUCCUCGUUUUUUAGUAAGGAAGAAAUGAGCUCCAUGCCCGACGACGUGUUUGAGUCUCCCCCACUCUCCGCCAGCUGCUUCCGGGCGAUCCCACGCUCGGCCUCCCCCGUCUCCCCCGACGGGGUGCAGGUCUCUCUGAGGGAGUACGGCCGCACCCCGGUGCCGGUGGCCAAGCGCGGCAAGCGCAUCGCCUCCAAGGUGAAGCACUUUGCCUUCGACCGGCAGAAGCGGCACUACGGCCUGGGCGUGGCAGCGGUCCCAACAGCAUCCAUUUUGAGUGCCAGCCCGCAGGCCCUGCGACGGAACCCCGACAGAAUGCAGCAGGGAGGGCUGGGUGGCCUCUGCCCCAGGCCCUACUUCACCUACUGGCUGACGUUCGUCCACAUCAUCAUCACGCUGCUGGUGAUCUGCACGUACGGCAUCGCGCCCGUGGGCUUCGCCCAGCACGUCACCACCCAGCUGGUGCUCAGGAACAAAGGUGUGUACGAGAGCGUGAAGUACCUGCAGCAGGAGAACUUCUGGAUCGGCCCCAGCUCGAUUGACUUGAUCCACCUGGGAGCCAAGUUCUCGCCCUGCAUCCGGAAGGACCAGCAGAUCGAGCAGCUGGUGUUGCGGGAGCGAGACCUGGAGCGGGACUCAGGCUGCUGCGUCCAGAAUGACCACUCGGGCUGCAUCCAGACCCAGCGGAAGGACUGCUCGGAGACUUUGGCUACUUUUGUGAAGUGGCAGGAUGACACGGGGCCCCCCGUGGACAAGUCCGAUCUGGGCCAGAAGCGGACGUCGGGCGCCGUGUGCCACCAGGACCCCAGGACCUGCGAGGAGCCGGCCUCCAGUGGUGCCCACAUCUGGCCUGAUGACAUUACCAAGUGGCCAAUCUGCACGGAGCAGGCCAGGAGCAACCGCACGGGCUUCCUGCACAUCGACUGCCAGAUCCGCGGCCGCCCCUGCUGCAUCGGCACCAAGGGCAGCUGUGAGAUCACCACUCGGGAGUACUGUGAGUUCAUGCACGGCUAUUUCCACGAGGAGGCGACGCUCUGCUCGCAGGUGCACUGCUUGGACAAGGUGUGCGGACUGCUGCCCUUUCUCAACCCCGAGGUCCCGGACCAGUUCUACAGGCUCUGGCUGUCUCUGUUCCUCCACGCCGGCCUGGUGCACUGCUUCGUGUCCGUGGUCUUCCAAAUGACCAUCCUGCGGGACCUGGAGAAGCUGGCCGGCUGGCACCGCAUCUCCAUCAUCUUCAUCCUCAGCGGCAUCACCGGCAAUCUCGCCAGCGCCAUCUUCCUCCCGUACCGGGCAGAGGUGGGCCCGGCGGGGUCGCAGUUCGGCCUCCUGGCCUGCCUCUUCGUGGAGCUGAUCCAGAGCUGGCAGCUGCUGGAGCGGCCCUGGAAGGCCUUCCUCAACCUGGGGGCCGUGGUGCUCUUCCUGUUCGUGUGCGGCCUGCUGCCCUGGAUCGACAACAUCGCCCACAUCUUCGGCUUCCUCAGCGGCCUGCUGCUGGCCUUCGCCUUCCUGCCCUACAUCACCUUCGGCACCAGCGACAAGUACCGCAAGCGCGCCCUCAUCCUGGUGUCGCUGCUGGUCUUCGCCGGCCUCUUCGCCUCGCUGGUCGUCUGGCUCUACGUCUACCCCAUCCACUGGCCCUGGAUCGAGCACCUCACCUGCUUCCCCUUCACCAGCCGCUUCUGUGAGAAGUACGAGCUGGACCAGGUGCUGCACUGACCGCCCGCCUGGCCGGCCUGGCCAGGGGCAGGCUGCCUGCCUGCAGAGCGCCCCACCCACACUCCAGAGACCCACCGACAGGGCGGCCAGGCCCUGGUGUCGUUCAGAGAUGGUCACACAGGCGGGUUCCCGGGGGAUGAGGUGCCCUUCGGGCGUUCCUGGCCCGGCUGGAAGCACCUGCUUCUCCGCAGCUCAGGGCUCAGGCCCCGACUUACCCUGCUGUCGGGACCCCCAUCUCCCACCGAGACUGUGCGCGUGCCCUUACCGGGGACGUGGCCAGGUGUCCCACCGGGUUCCCACCCUGCCUCACCACGACCCCCUCCCUGUUUCUCCUCCCCUCUCUGCCCUACCAGCCCUUCCUCAGUGGCUGCUGGGUCUGCCGUCGGGUGACCGGGUGUGGGAGAGGCUUUGGCCGUGGCCUGGGGCAGAGCAGCCGCCUGGAGACGAGGGAGCGGGAGCCUUGGCGUGUUUGCAGCGAGCAGAGGCUGGGGGGCCCGCCCCCACUGGGGCUCAGUCAGGGCGUCUGUUACCGGUUAUAGUUUGGUCCUAAUUUUUAAAGUAACGCUAACUUUGUAUGGAUGAUGUCUAGGUGUAUUAAAUGAUGCUCUUCAGGGAACGUC